ACACCAACAACAACAACGACACCUACAACCACAACAUCUACAUCUACAACGACAUCUACAACAACAACGACACCUACAACAACAACGACACCUACAACAACAACGACACCAACAACAACAACGACACCUACAACAACAACUAUACCUACAACCACAACGACACCCACAACAACAACAGCAACAUCUACAACCACAACAACACCUACAACCACAACGACACCUACAGCCAAUUCACUUACAACCACAACGACACCUACACCGACAACGACAACGACACCUACAACAACGACCCCUACAACCACAACUACGCAAACAAGCACAAAUACACCGACAACCACAACUACACCUACAACAACAAAACCUACAACUGCAAUGACACCAACAACCACAACGACACCUGCAACCACAACGGAACUUAAAACUACAACGACAACCACCACCACAACGACACCUACAAUAACUACAACACCCACAACAACAUUAGCUUCAACCACAACGACACCUACAUCCACAACAACACCUACAACAACAACAACAACAACAACACCCACAAACACAACGACACCCACAACCACUACAACUCCCACAACAACAACAACGACACCUACAACCACUACGAUACCAACAACCACUUCACUUCCAACAGCAACAACACCUUCAGCCACUGCAACACCCACAACCACAACAAUACCUACAACCACAACCCAAUUCACUUACAACCACAACGACACCUACACCGACAACGACAUCUAUAACAACAACAACGACACCUAUAACAACAACGACACCUACAACAGCAACGACACCCCCAACCACCACAGCUCCAACAACAACAACAACAACAGCAACACCUGCAACUACUACAUCUAUAACAACAACACCUACAACGACAUCUACAACAGCAACGACAUCUACAACAACAGCAACACCUACAACAACAACGACAUCUACAACAACAACAACGACACCUCAACACCUACAACCACUACAUCUACAACAACACCACCACCAACAACGACACCUACAGCCACAACGACACCCAAAACCACUACAACUCCCACAACAACUACAACGACACCAACAACAACAACAACGACACCUACAACAGCAACACCUACAACCACUACAUCUACAACAACAACAUCACCUACAACAGCAACACCUACAACCACUACAUCUACAACAACAAUGACACCCACAACAACGAUACCCACAACAACAAAAACAACACUUACAACCACAACGACACCCAAAAUUACAACAUCUUCCACAACAGCAACACCUACAACCACUACAUCUACAACAACAACACCUACAACAACAACGGCAGCUAUAACCACAACUACACCUACAACCACAACGACGCCCACAACUACAACGACACCUUCAACUACAAUGACAUCUACAACAACAACGACACCUACAACCACAACAACACCUACAGCCACAACAAUGACACCUACAACAACAACGGCAGCUAUAACCACAACUACACCUACAACCACUACUACAACACACACAAGAACUACGACGACACCUACAACCACAACAACACCUACAACCACAACAACACCUACAACAACAACCACAACGACAUCCCCAACCACCACAACUCCAACAACAACAACAGCAACACCUACAACUAUUACAUCUAUAACAACAACACCUACAACGACAUCUACAACAACAACAACAACGACAUCUACAACCACAACGACACCCAUAACCACUACAAUACCCACAACAACAACAGCAACAUCUACAACCACAACAACACCUACAACAACAACGACGACACCUACAACCACUACAACACCUGCAACUACAACGACAUCUACAACAACAACGACACCUAAAACCACGACGACACCUAAAACCACGACGACACCUACAACCACAACGACAUCUACAACAUCAACAACGACACCUAUAACAGCAACCACAACGACACCCCCAACCACCAUAACUCCCACAACAACAACCAACAUCUACAACCACUUCAUCUAUAACAACAACGCCACCUUCAACAACAACGACACCUACAACAGCAACACCUACAACCACUACAUCUACAACAACAACGACACCCACAACAACAAAGACACCCACAUCAACAACGACACCUACAACGACAACGACAUCUAUAACAACAACGACACCUACAACCACAACGACACCCCCAACGACCACAACUCCAACAACAACAACAGCAACACCUACAACGACAUCUACAACAACAACAACGAUACCUACAACAACAACGAAAUCUACAACCACAACGACACCCACAACCACUUUAACCCCCACAACAACACUACAACAACUACUGCAACUCCUCCAACAACAACAUCUACAACUACAACUACACCUGCAACCACAACUACAACUACACUUACAACCACAACUACACCUACAACAACAACGACACCUAAAACCACGACGACACCUACAACCACUACACCUACAACCACAACGACAUCUACAACCACAACAACGACACCUAUAACAACAACCACAACGACAACCCCAACCACCAUAACUCCCACAACAACAACAGCAACAACUACUACACCUACAACAACAAUGACACCUACAACAACAACAACGACACCUACAACAACAACGACACCCAAAACCACUACAACUCCCACAUCAACGACAUCUACAACAGCAACACCUACAACCACUACAUCUACAACCACAACGACACCCACAACAACAAAGACACCCACAUCAACAACGACACCUACAACGACAACGACAUCUAUAACAACAACGACACCUACAACCACAACGACACCCCCAACCACCACAACUCCAACAACAACAGCAACACCUACAACGACAUCUACAACAACAACAACGAUACCUACAACAACAACGAAACCUACAACCACAACGACACCCACAACCACUUUAACCCCCACAACAACAACAACAGCAACACCUACAACCACUGAAACCCUAACUACAACAACAACACUUUCUACCACACCAGCAUCUACAGCCACACCAACACCUUCGAGGCUGGAAGAAAGUGGAAAACUAAUGAUUGUAAGAUGGUGGGCGUCUGGGUCCCGUUAUGCUACGGCCGUCAAUCCCUGCGACAAUUCGCCAUGUUCUCCACACCAGUGUGGCCGUACAGCAGAUGGAAACUUCAAGUGUAUAUGUAAUGCAGGUUACGAAAAUGAAAACAAUGGCAAUGGACAGUAUUGUGUCAAUAUUAACGAAUGUGUGGCCAGCUCUGGAUGUCAGACAGGCGGGACCUUGAACGCUGGUGUUUCCGCGUGUGAAGACACGGACGGCGAUUACAAGUGUAAUUGUAUGACGGGUUACACGUCUAGUGUCGACAUGAAAACCUGCAAUGACAUUAACGAGUGCAGUUCUAGCUCUACGAACAACUGUGACGUCGCUGAGAGGGCGGACUGUGUCAACUCCAAUGGCGGCUAUACCUGUACAUGUAAGACUGGAUUCACGGGUGAUGGAACCUCAUGUAGAGAAGAUAGAUUGAUUCCAUUCAUGAAUGACACGAAAAUCUCCGGCUUGUAUUCGGACUAUAUAUGCCUCCCGUACGCUGUCCCGAUCGGUGAUAAAUAUUUACCAUGUAUAUAUGCAACAAAGAGUGGGCUCAUCCUUUUCUCAAAUAUCCAUAGUGGAAAUACGAACGCAGGAAACCGAAAACCUUACACUAAUCCGUCAGAAGACUUCUCUUUCUUACAACAAAGUGAUCUGCAAGAGAAGGCGGUGGUUGCAGUGUAUUGGGCAAAUAUGCUGACUGGAAUCGGAAAUGUACCAGAUCAGGGUGUUUAUUAUCGAGUCUAUUCCUCUUCAAACACAUCUGAGAAUUCUAUUAUACUGUCUGUAGCUGCGGACGUUCAGACUGCCCUGUCCAACUCGUUCGAGGCCAAAGCUAUGGUGGUUUUCACAUGGUACCGCAUGCAGUAUCCAAUCACAGGAGAGGAAGUUACCUUCCAGGCCAUUCUAUUGACGGAUUUCAUUAACUCCUAUGUUGUACUCAUAUAUCAGGAAAUGGAUUGGAAUAUUUUAACUGGAAGCAUGGCAUUCUAUCCGGCUGCUAUUGGACAUGCUAGGUGCAGCACCUCAUAUUACAUGUACCCAUUCUCAUUCCUGCCUAUCUCUACCGACGUCAAUAAGGACAAAAUCACGCUCAUACAGACGCUUGACCAGGUCGACCCGACGUCUUCUGCCCUUGUGAACUUAAACGACGCAUUCAUCUAUAAAAUCGGUAACAAGAUAGGACAGUUUGUAAUGACAUUGAGCGAUAACAAUGGUACAACUCUACAGAAGAGUUUGGUGUGUAAGAACUGGCUUGACGCUGACCUUGUCGAUACGACACAUCCCCUGACCGACACCUCCGACGCGUCGACGUGUCCUUCAUCUGUUUCAAUGUUCCCGGCGUCAACUUUCGUAAUGUUAAAUAAUAGCAGGAUCCCAAGUGGAGUGUCAUGUUACGUUCCAGUCGCGGCAUCCAAUGUAAAUUCGCAGAGUCCUCAGAGUAAGAGAUGUUGCUAUCAGGGUGACGGGAUUCUGACAAACGUUUACAGUGCCAGUUGUAUGAAUCUGUAUCAGCGACACACUCCCGCCACACAGGCUCUUGAUGACGCUAUGUGUGAUAACUGCUGUGCCGCUGACAUCAUGUCGUUUACCAGUCGAGACUUGUGUGGUGAUUUCGUGACCAGACGACCAGUUGGUACUGCAGUUGACUACGUCAAUGGGGUGAACGCUGCCGGUCGAGGUGACCCACAUUUUUCAAGUUUGGACGGUCUGCCUUUCACAUUCAACGGCUUGGGUGACUUUGUAAUGCUGAAUGCUUCCAAGUUUGGCUUCGUAGCAAGAUUAGAUGCUUUUGUCAAGGACGGAGUACAGCAAGUUGCCACCAUUCUCCGGGCACUCAUCGGAAAGCAACACGAUCCAGUCAGUGAUACUGUGGAGUUUCGACUGAACGACACCACGGCCACAUUAGACAUCAGUCGUAAUGGAAUAUUAACGGAAGUGACGUCUGCUACCUUCUGGACGGAAGUAACGAUUACCAUGACAACAGCCUUAGAUUCCGCAAAUAACACUGUAACGACGUACUAUAUGACCUUUACUGGUGGAAUGGUGAUUGGAGCGAGUGUCAGCAACGGACUGAUAGAACUUUCCAUUAAUGCUCCGUCUACAAUGAAAGGCACUUUCGAAGGGUCUACCACGAACGUCAACUGGACACUGUUUACCGACGAAAAUGGAAAUCCACAGUAUAACGGCUUCAAUUCCUCGAUUCGUCCUAUCUUUUUCGACUCCAACUUGACGGCUAUGUUCCCGAACGAUACAGAACGAAGUCUCGCGAUAAGCACGUGCUAUGGCCAAGGGGUAGAUGAUCCUAGUCCAGCUGAUCGUAGAGAAUGCUACUUUGAUUUCAAAGUCACCGGAGACACAAGUAUAGCUCAGGCUACUUCUGCUGCUAAGGCCAGAACAGAAAGCAACCGGGCCAAUCUUGAAAACUUUCCCCCAGUCGCAUCGAUGGAAAACGUUACACUACAUGUGAUGUUGAACACUAAUUACUCGAGUUUGUACACUUUGAUGGCCACUGACGCUAAUAAUGAUUCGAUAAGCUUCUCUCUUGAUCCGUCAAAGACCACCAGUGGAGUUGCCAUAGACAACAGCACCGGCGUCAUUUCCUGGUACAACAUACCGGAUAUGACGGAUCUCGCCAUCACCGUCAUCAUUUCUGACGGGAAGACGUCUUCCCUCUGGACACCAAAGAUAUAUCUCUGCAAAUGUGUUGGGACUGGCACCACAUGUGACUUCGCAAAUGGCGGUCCUAGUUUGUUUGAAGUCGUUCCAUGUAUUUGUGGAGCAGGUCUAGAGGGGACAUUCUGUGAAACUGAUAUAGAUGGCUGUGCCGACAAGCCAUGCUUUCAUGGAGUCAAAUGUACCGAUGUCUCCGCCACAGAGGUGGCAGCCGCCGGAGCUGGAGCAGUGGAAGCAACGUGCGGCCCAUGUCCUUUCGGCUUAACUGGGGAUGGCAGAGCGUGUGCAGAUUUAAACGAGUGCCUAGAAUUUUCACCAUGUGACCACUCCUGUCAGGACCUGGUGGGUGGAUAUUCAUGUUCAUGUAACGGUGGAUUUGAGCUCCAGUCCGACCUCAGAUCUUGUGCUGAUAUUGACGAGUGUUACCGGGGAACUGACUUGUGUAAUACUGCGAACACACAGUGCCGGAACACCAAUGGGACAUACGUGUGUGACUGUCUAUCCGGCUACACUGAAAAGUCUUUCCUGGAAUGUCAGGAUGUCAACGAGUGUAUCACCGGAGCGUUCACCUGUCCGAACAACUCACGAUGCUCAAAUACAGAUGGAGGAUACACGUGUCUUUGUAACUUUGGUUACGAAAAGGAUGAACAGCUUAACACGUGCGUCGAUAUUCAGGAAUGCCUCCUCCAAAAUACAUGUGAUCAGACGUGCGUGGACGGUGUUGGCAUAUACACGUGUGAAUGUUUGGCAGGUUUUGUUCUUGACGCAGACGCGCGUACCUGCAAUGCGAACGGUACGUGUACGGCUUCCCAGAUCCUGGCUUGUGAUGGAGGUAGCAGUCAGUCCAAGUGUUCUCCUGAUCCAGUCAAUGGCGGCGCUACGUGCGCCUGUCCCAGUGGAUUCGCUCUCAAUGCUUCAAACUUCUGUGAAGAUAUCAACGAAUGCCUGUCCAGUACAGGGGUGUGCGAUCUCGUGUCCAGCACGUGUAAUAACACGGAGGGAGGCUAUGUGUGCGACUGUAAAACAGGUUUCUCUCGCGUCGGCGAUUCCUGCACAGAUAUAAACGAGUGUACAGCGGGAUCACACGGCUGUAACUCCCCGGCUUACUGCAUUAACACAAUAGGAACAUACGGGUGUUCUUGUCCAGACGGCACGUUCUUGCUGGCGGACGGUCGGACAUGUGAGAAUAUAAAUGAGUGUGCACAGGGUACAGACAAGUGUGAUACCGAGAAGGGUAUAUGUACAGAUCAAACUCCUGGCUAUUCAUGUUCUUGUCCGUCGGGAUACACCGGCAAUGGAUUCACCUGUAUCGAUUAUAAUGAAUGCGCUCAGUCAAACAAAGGAGGCUGUUCUCAGCGCUGUAUAAACCUGAUUGGAUCACAUUACUGUAGCUGUUUUGAUGGAUACCGGUUAGGGAAUGAUACAACAACCUGUGAAGACAUCAACGAGUGUCAAGAACCUGGGGGACACGACUGCUUCUCGACAGAACACUGUACAAACAAUGACGGCAGUUACUCAUGCAGCUGUCCGACGAACUUUACUCUGAAGGGGGAUGGUAGGACAUGUCAACCCCUGUACCAGUGUAGUGCCAAUCACGGCUGUAGUUACAGCUGCGCAAUGAUGAACGGUGUAGAAACCUGCCUUUGUGAACCCGGGAAUCAGCUGGACUCUGCCACUAACAGAAUAUGUGAAGAAUGGUAUGUACAAUGUGUCAACUCGUACUACACACAGGUGGAGAGAGUCAGGUGUAAUGGUAUGUACAAUGUGUGUGUCAACUCGUACUACACACAGGUGGAGAGAGUCAGGUGUAAUGAUGUCGAUGAGUGUCUGGCCCAGACAUUCACGUGUGGCGCCAACAGCAAAUGCGUGAACACAGAGCCAGGAUACAACUGUACCUGUCUUGUUGGAUAUACAGAUAUCAGUGGUACCUGUCAAGACCUUGACGAGUGCCAGCUCGGGACACAUAAUUGCAAUACUACAACUGGCGACUGCACUAAUACACCAGGAGGGUUCACGUGUGCAUGUAAAACCGGUUACUCUGGUAACGGCAUCACGUGUACAGAUGUUGACGAGUGUCUGCUCGGCACUGACAAUUGUGCUCCCGGUAGUCAAGGCUUGUGUACCAACACAAUUGGAUCCUACACUUGUAACUGUACCGAAGGGUAUCUGUUGGCGUCCAAUGGUUUCGCUUGUGUUGACAUAGACGAAUGUACAAUGAACACGGAUAACUGUCAGUUUAAAUGUAACAACAUUGAGGGGGGUUACCAUUGUACCUGUGAUGAUGGAUACAGACUGGCUUCGGAUCAAUCGUCGUGCAUUAUUGAUAAAGUGUGUACUAACUCAACGUUUGCCGGAGCAUGCAGUUAUCAAUGUGCAAAAAUCAACGGCACGGACACCUGUACUUGUGCCAUCGGAUAUGAAGUGGCAUCUGACGGCAGGACAUGUACAGAUGUGGACGAGUGUGCAACAUUGUCUCCAUGUGACAGUAGUAAUGGUGGAUGUAACAACACACAGGGCUCCUACACGUGUUACUGUAUCAAUCAGUACAGGUUGGGAUCGGGGAACACUUGUGCAGAUCGAGACGGAAUGUGGGCAGAGUGGGGUACUUGGUCGAAUUGUUCCGUGGAUUGUGGAGCAGGCAUACAAACUCGCACUCGCACAUGUACCGCUCCGACACGUGAAAGAUAUGGAGCAGACUGUGUAGGAUCCGGAAGUGAAACCAUGACAUGUGACAUACCCUGCUAUCCAAAUGAAGUUGAAGAAACGAAUGGUGUAGUAGUUGGAUUCAACGGAGUUACGGUAACACAGUUGACUGCUAUUACGUCCUCAUUCAAGAAUACUAUAGCUGAGACCCUGAACACGUUCUGUAACCACAACGAGACAAACGUCCAGCUCUGUUGUAACACCACAAACAGUUACACACCCAACCCAAGUAGUCCUCUAGAGUUUACGACUUCGUCUAACAUAGCUUACGGUGCCGGGUAUCCACGCGCCCGUUCCACAGGCUCAGGUGUGGAUGUGUUAAUUGUAGCGAAGUACGUGGGGAGUAGUGCUCUAUGUUCCGCUGCUGCUCCAACUCCGUCCAGGAGGAGGCGUGCUGUCGGUGUGACCCUGACGGGACUAGAGCAGGCACUGACACAAGAACUGCUUCAGUCCAUUAUCAACAACCCAACUCUACAAGCAAGUAUUGCGACUGCGAUUGAGACACAGAUAAACACUGUCCUAGGUCAGUCGGUCAACGUAACAGUGGACAGUGUAGACUUGGUCACUACCACCACCACAACAACGACAACCACAACUGCAAGUACUCCUAUAAGGACUGGUCACGGCACCAAACCGUGGGUCAUUGCUGUUGCUACUAUCGGGGCUAUUCUUGGAGUUAUAAUAAUAGUCAUCGUGAUUGUGGUCCUCCUGAAACUGAGUAAUAAGAACAAGGUCCAACCUCACGACCAUGAGCAUGUGGAAUCCCAGCAGCAGCAACAGAGAAGGUUGUCGCAACAACAGCAACAACAGCAACAACAACAACAACAACAAUCCCAGCAGGACCAACAGCGACUGUCCCAGCGACAGCUCACUCAGCAUCAGUAGCAAACUGUUGAUGUUGGUGAUGGAUGAUGUGAUAUCUGUAUGUGCUAUCUGUGAUGAAACAUUUUAUAAAUGUAUAAAUUUGUACCAUAUAAAUACUGUACAUCAUACGAGUAUUGUUUCAAACUUACUUGUAGAUAUGUGACUAUUCACCUUCACAGUUGAAUCAUAUAUAUGAUUUACUAUACAUUUCCGUUAUGUAAUAGUCAGAUAAUAAAAAGCAUAAUAAUAAAUCUUUGUACAUUUCAAUAUUCCACAUUUCAAUGCCUCAGAUCAAAGUCCCAGUUCAAAGUCUUUGAAUAUUUUGAGGGUACCAGGGUAACAUGGAACAGACUCGAUAUAACACAUACAUCUUUUUGGAGUGGAAAGUCAAAUUAUCUGAUGACAAAUCUGAUCAUGUCUAUCUCUAAAGCAAAGACAAGACGAUUGGAAAAUACGAAGAUGAAAACUUUUUGUUCGGUUUAAACUUCUACGAGAAUACCGAUCCUCUUGCAAAUACCACAAGAUUUUCGUGCAGAGAUCUUCAAUCAAAAUCAAAUUCAUACAUUCGUAUUUAUUUAAAAAUGAAAGCCCCAGUCUAAGUUUGCAUGAUCCACGUGUUUAAAAGUAGCAAUUGUUAAUACGUGCCUGGUUUAUCCCAUACAUGUGUAGUACUAUAAUAUUACAGAGAUACAAUGAUUGCAUUUCAUGGAAAUAUAUUUUUGUGAUAAUCGCCAGGCACGAAUAUGUCAUUGUUAUUAAUCUUUAUAGUGUUAGUUUAUAUAUAUAUAUCUUUCUCUCUAUAUAUAUAUAUAUAUUAUAUAACUGUCUAUUUAUUAUGUAUAUAUCAUUGUUUCCUUCCCCUAUUUUUAUUGAUUAUUUUCCGUCCAUUUCUAUCUUUAGAACUUGUCUGGUAGUUACAGACAGAGAUAUGUUCCGUCCACAGACUUAUUCCUUUGCCUUACUGGUAAGAUAUAUAGUGUUGUUACCCUUGUGUACUAUUAAGCAUAUUAUGUAGUAAUUAAAUAUGGCAUAAAACACUGAGUAUUUAAAAUGUUAAAAUGAAUAGUUAAGCAUAUUCUGUAGUAAUUAAAUAUGGCUUAAAAAACGAAGUGUUUAAACUGUUAAGAUAAAUAUUAAAGCAUAUUCUGUAGUAAUUAAAUAUGGCAUAAAAAAUGAGUGUUUGAAAUAACAAAAAAAAUAGUCAGAAAUGUUUGAUCAGAACGAACCAUGUUGUUACGAAAUAUAUUUUCGGGCGAAUCAAGAAAAUCGCUGACGUCAUAGCUGUAGACAGAUAGAAUAUGCGUGAAUACGAAGGCGCGUGCACAACCACCCAGUUUACAUGCCAAUAUUUGUAUAAUGAGCUGUUGUAUACAUAUAUCAAUGAUAACCUUUGCGAUGUUAUAUGAUUCCUAAAUCUACAUUACGGCUACAACAUCGAUAAUUCAAUUAAACGAUUAAAUUACAUUACGUGAAAAGCACGGGCAUUGCACCAGCAUUUGAAUAUUAAGUAAGUCAUACAUUGUACAUAUUUAGUACGGACGUUUUAAGCUUGUUAUGUUUUGUAAUGUAAAUUGACAAUUUGCACAUUCACGUGCAAAGAAUUGACAUGUCACAAUUUUUAUGUUGUCACAAGUACCGACUUGAUUUCACACCACGUGUUUUAGGACGUACUUCGAUAACAACACGUCUAUUCAUUACAUCAGGCUGGGAAUAUAAACAAAAACAGAGGUACUGCUUGGUGUGAACUUCAAGUCGGUAGUAGGCAAUUGCUAGUAUUGGUGCAACCGUUUAUAACAUUGUUCGUUAAUUCACGUUUGUCCUUUGUUUAUGAUAUCUUAUACGUGUAUCACACAAUUUACAAUGCCAAACGAACGGCGAGUUAAUUACUGAAGGUACAAGUGAACUGUACACAGAUUCAUGUUUACCUGUAUUGACAUACAGGUUUACACAGUACACCAAAACAGUUUACCAGUAUUCACACACAGGUUUACACAGUACAUCAAAACAGUUUACCUGUAUUCACACACAGGUUUACACAGUACACUAAAACAGUUUACCUGAAUUCACAUACAGGUUUACACAGUACACCAAAACAGUUUACCUGAAUUCACAUACAGGUUUACACAGUACACCAAAACAGUUUACCUGAAUUCACAUACAGGCUAACACUGAACACAGAAUCAUGUUACCUGUAUUCGUAUACAGGUGUACACUGUACACCGAAACAGUUUUCCUGUAUUCACAUACAGGUUUACAAAGUACACCAAAACAGUUUAUCUGUAUUAAAAUACAGGUUUACACAGUACACCAAAACAACUUUACACAGUACACAGAAAUAUGUUACCUGUAUCCAUAUACAGGUGUACACUGAACACAGAAUCAUGUUACCUGUAUUUACACUGUACACAGCAAACAGCAUAAGAUAGGAAUACAUUACAUGAACACAAUAAUACAUGUACAGUACCGUAUACAUGAUAUCGUACUGUAGGAACGUCAAGCUUGUACAUAGAACACCAGACAUACGACCAACACAGUAUAUCACGGAGGAUAACUCUCACAUAGGCUACCUAUACGAGUUAUGGAUCUUCGUACAACCUCAGAACUCUUUUCAACCUCUUCUUUCAGCGAGUAAUUUACACAUUGAGUAUUUUUUGAAAUCCAUAGUGUAUGCAAUCUGUACACAACUGUAAAUAGCGUUUAUAUUAUUAUAAUCAUAUAUACCAUAUACAUGUAUAAAUCCAUGCUCUGACUUCAGUGAUUCAAAUUAACCGUAAAACGUUUAUAUGAAAGGAAUUAAGAAGACAUGAAAAAAUGCCAAAAUAAAGUAACGUUUUAUGCUACAAUAUUUAAACUUUCAAUAAUUCUUAGGAUUUUUCGACAUAAAAACAUUAAUUAGUUUCUGUUAAUUAGUGUAACCUUGAUAUGUAUGGUUUUAUACUGUAGAUAUUUUGUAUAAAUUAAUAUCUUUGUUAACGCAUGUUGACAUUAUAUAAAAUUAUUGUUAUUUUGUGUGUUGAAAUAUAGUCCCAAAAGAGACUGUGAUAGUUGAUAUAAUAACUAACUAAUUGUAGUUUGUUAUUUAUAAGUGUGUUUUUCACGCGUUAUUGAACACAGGUCAAUAUUCACGUGUGAUUUAACACAGGUUAAUAUUUUGUCUCACCGUCCGUCGUAGGUUUGUUUAUAAUCGCCUUAUACCAUGUUAGUACCUGUGAUUUUCAAGAACGUAUCAACUGUGAUUUAUUUCAUGUUACAAUCAAAAUCAAAACCAUUGAAUACUUUACGAAAUGUUAAUACAAACUGUAAAUAUAAUACAAAAGGGGUUUAAAAACUAAUGUCUUUCUUUGUUAAAUGCCGGUUAUAUGUAUCAAUCAAAAACCUGUUUCGUAUUAAGAAUCAAAAAAAGUUAUACAUAUUGACCCAGUGGUAGCCUCUGUGAUGAAAAUGUAAUCGUGUUUAUAUAGCGUGGUGAUUUCUUUUAUACAAAUAAAUUCU